AUGUCGUUGAAUUUGGCAGCGGGUCGCGGUGUGACACAGGUUGUCGAGCGGUGUGAGCAAGCAAAAAAUUCUGGAACUCUUGAUUUGUCGAAUUGCCAAUUGUUGUACAUCGCCGACGCGGUUUAUAUGCUUUUGAAGGGCCACGAAAUCGAUAAAGUCAACAUUCGCAAUAAUAUGAUGAAAAAAUUCCCGAGAAAAUUCGUUGAGAAAUUCCCAAAUGUCACAGUGCUCAACAUGGAGGCGAACGAAAUUGCCGAAAUCCCGCAAGAGUGCGCGUCGUGGUCGUCGCUCAAAGGUGUCAACGCGUCGCAAAACCAGUUCGCCGCGUUUCCCGAGCCAUUUUUCAGUCUUGCCCAAUUGAAAUUCAUUUGUUUGAGCUCGAAUCUCAUAGAAGAAAUCGAUGCGGAAAAAUUAUAUACAUGUCUGCCCGAGUUGACGCACCUGGAUUUGUCCGACAAUCGGUUGAGCGAGGAAACGAAAAUCGAACUCGAGACACAUCACAAAAAACCGGCGGGUCUAACAUUGAAAUUAUAA